CCAGCCGGCCAGCAGGUAUGCAAAUAGCCGUCCCGUCACUAGUGAAUAGUCCCCGCCUUCCGGUCUACAAAUCGGACCGUCGAACGCCCUGUACACCAUUCAUACAUCCUGUACAGCGUAGUAAGGAAGCCUCUUCGGAAACAAUCGGACUGUUUUUUUUUAAUCGUCUACAAGUUUGGAUCUCUAGUUGAAUCUUUUACGAUUUGUUCGUGUGGUGUUGUGCGAGUAUCGUUCGACGAGUUGGUUUUGUUUUUUUCACUCGAAGUGCCCGUGACGAGGUCCGUGUUAUCGUGUUACGAUCUCUCCAGAAAGAGUCCAGACGACUACUAGUGACUUUACACGCUCAACAAAGCCUUCACUGCCAACCAUGGAUUUUCUACACAAGAAGAUGUUGCCCUCGACACUGAAGGAAUACAGGAGGACGUUUUACGCGUUUGUGUUCGCGCUGCUGCUAGUCAAUGUGCACGAUUCAAGCUGCUUCAACCUGGAUACCUCCGAUGCGACCAGGGUCACAAGAACGGGCGCCGCCGGUAGCCUCUUCGGCUUUUCCGUGGACUUCCACGGGCAAGGGGACAGUGCCUGGUUGUUGGCGGGAGCCCCCAAAAGUCAGACGGCCCAGCCGGGAGUCACAGAGGGGGGUGCGGUGUUCCGCUGUGACGUCACGACCAGUAUUUCCCUCACUCCCAACCCAUGCGCACCCAUCGCUUUCGACACACAAGGUGAUGACAGAGGAGUGGACUUACAGGGGAACAUCCUACAGAAGACCCAGAAGUCAGGACAGUGGUUCGGAGCCACCGUCAAGAGCGCAUCGCCUGCCAAGGACGUAGUCAUUGCAUGUGCCCCACGAUAUGUGUACUACACAGACACAUUUAACGAGAGGGAGCCUGUCGGUAACUGCUUCCUCGCUGCUGCAAACUUCACGCAAAUCAGGAACUAUUCCCCCUGCAAGCGGGACAGCCAGGGUGGUUUCGGCCGCCUUGGCUACUGUCAGGCCGGUAUCAGUUUGGAUUUUGCUAAUGAUGCUGAACAGCUUCUGCUGGGUGCUGUGGGGAGCUACUUUUGGCAAGGCCAACUGUUUUCCAAGACGCUGACCUACGACAAUGGUGUACCAAACUUGGGAGGAGACGAGAAGAAGACAGCAGAAGGGGACGCUUGGAAAGAUGACUUCCACAUGGGUUACUCCACUGCGUCUGGAGAGUUCACAGGUGACAAUGUGCCCGAGUAUGUUGUGGGCGUUCCCAGAGGGCCAGGGUCACCCGACCACCUCAAAGGACAUGUGGCCAUCUACGACAGUAACCUUGCUGUGCUGCAGGCUAUGCCUGAGAAAACUGCACUCAUCGGAGAACAGAUGGGCUCCUACUUCGGUUACUCUCUGGUGGUGCAAGAUGUCAACGGAGAUGGACUUGAUGACAUCAUCGUGGGAGCACCCAUGUACUCCAGCCCCAGGGAACACCAGUGGGAUCUGGGAAGGGUCUAUGUCUACCAUCUGGAACAGCCUGGACUCUCGCCUGUAUUCAGUGAACCCACUAUUCUGAGUGGGAAGGUCUCCAGUGGAAGGUUCGGUACUUCCAUCGCUGCUUUGGGUGACAUCAACCAAGAUGGCUUCAACGACAUUGCUGUGGGUGCCCCGUACCAGACCGGGGAGGGAGACAACAUGGGUGCCGUGUACAUCUACCACGGGUCAGCAGAGGGCAUCCGGGAGGAGCCAUCACAGGAGAUAAAGGCAUCAGACUUUCCAGAGCCCCUGUCAGCUUUUGGAUUCUCUGUGGCUGGAGCAAAGGAUGUUGAUAACAACAGAUAUCCAGAUGUGGCUAUCGGUGCGUACGAGGCCGAUUCCGUUGUCGUUCUGAAGUCCCGCCCGGUCGUGAACGCGGACGUGACUGUCCAGGUGGAGCCGGAGUUUAUCGACACCGAGAACAAAACCUGCACCCUGGAUGACGGGACUGCCGUGGUCUGUUUUGACAUUAACAUCUGUGCUUCCUACACUGGCAUUAAUGUUCCUGAUGAAGUUGAACUUAAGUACGAGGUGACCCUGGAUGCCCUUAAGACCGUCGGACAGCGUGUGUUCUUCAGCGGACGGGAGACGUCUCAGACCUGGUCCUCCACCUUAAGGAAGGCAGACCCAGACUCCAUGUGUCUCACACAGAAAGCCUUUCUCAGGAACGACAUCCGUGACAAGCUGAGCCCGAUCACCGUGGCGGCUGCGUACAGCAUGGCUGACCCCGUGACCCCGCAGCCCGACCAGCUCCUGCCCAUCCUGAACAUGAAUCAGCCCAGCCGACGCACCCGACAGGUCAACAUCCUCAAGGACUGCGGGCCGGACAACAUCUGUGUGCCCGACCUCAAGGUCUUCGUCUCCAUGCAAGGGACGGAGAUCGUUGUUGGAAGUGACAAACAGCUGCUGAUGGACGUUGUGGUGGAGAAUGCUGGGGAGGGCGCGUACGAAGCCCUGCUGUCCGUCAUGCUGCCCGAGGGGGUGGACUUUGUCGGGACAGGAAAUCCUCGAGGGGGUGCCAUCAUCACCUGUAACCUUCAGGAGGAGGACCAGAGGCUGCUGGUCUGUGACCUUGGUAACCCUUUCACAGCGCGUCGCACACAGCUCGGGCUUCGGCUGUCCACUGUGCAGCUGACUGGUGACAGCAAUUCACUGAACUUCGCGUUCAGUGUCAACAGCACGAACACAGAGGAAGCAGGAAACGAGGGAGACAACCACAUCACCUUCCCUGUGCCUGUUAAGGUCAAUGCUAGCCUUUCUGUCAGAGGAGUGUCCCUGCCAGAACAGGUGGUGUUUAUGAAGAUGGAAAGAGAGAAUGAUGAAAUCACUCACGAGAGGGACAUCGGGCCUGAGGUCACACACAGAUAUGAGAUCCGUAACGUGGGUCCGAGUGACAUCAGCAGCUCCAAGCUGAAGAUCCAGUGGCCGGUCCACACCCGCACCGGGGAGGAUCUGCUGUACCUGCUCGCUGUCAACGUAACCCAGGGCAACGGGCGCUGUACCGUCAACGGGGACGUCAACCCCAAAGGAGUCUCUACUGAGUCAGCGUCGGCAGCACAAACAGCAGAGGCUCUGUACGCUCUGGACUCCUCCCGCGCUGCCAGACAUCGCAGGGCGGCUGCAACAAGCGACAAGGAAGUGGCACAAAUGGCCAGACCCACUGUACCCAGCAGUACAGUAAGGCACAAAAAGAAAGACAAGAAAAGGAGAAAGAAAAAGGGAAAGAGACACGGCCUGAAGAAGAAAAAGCUUGUGUCUUUCAGUCCACCCACACUUACUCCUGUACCACAGGUCAAUGACCUACAGGUCAAUGACACAGAGGACUGCAUCAAUGCUGAGUGUAUCGUGAUCGACUGCACGUUAGAGAGGCUGAACAAGGAUAACAUCGCAGUGGUGCAGAUUAGAUCCAGACUGUGGGUGGACACACUACUAGAGGGUGGAUUCAAAGAGACGACGCUUACAUCUGUGGCAGAUUUUGAGGUGUUAGAGUUCCCGUACGCCAUCACUGCUGAUGUUCUACCCACAGCCAGGGCGGAGAUUGUGACGACAGCUAACCCCAGUAAGCCGUCGGUGGGCAAGCGGCCGGUGCCGCUGUGGAUCAUCAUCCUGUCAGCCUGCGCCGGGCUGCUGCUGCUGGUGCUCAUCAUACUCGUACUCUUCAAGUGCGGUUUCUUCAAGAGACAAACGAUGCAGGAGUACACGGCCAUCAAGAGAAACCCUCCCACCAGCGAAAGCCCCGACGCCAGCAGCGGCUACAUCAGCGACAAGACGGACUACUAGGACAAGACGAGACGGUCUUGUAUUCUUAUGUAGCUCGAGGAGUCGCUGAAGGUCGAGUCGCACCUCAGAACCAAGCCCUGUCCUGUACAAGAACCCUUGAAACUUGCCAGGGCUUGGCUCUGAGGUGGAAGAUGGGAGAUAUUUAUGUAUGAAUGACAGGUUGAUUAUGGAAUUGGACAUUUGUUGCCUUAAUGUAUUUGUCUUUGGUUUGUCCCUUACUUAUUAUCGGGUAUCUUUCAUUCGUUAUUCCAGCAUU